CUAUUUGUGACAGAUAUCUUGAUAGAAUAAGAUACACUUCAAGUCUAGUUUAUAUUCCUGCAACACGUCAGCCAUCUGCUUGCAUUAUUGUUUAUUCAUGAGCUGUAUCUGAUUGUGACGUUUUCAUAAAAAUAAAAUAAAGAAACAAAAGAGUAAGGAGCAAAAAACGAGAAGAUUCGUUCUAUUACUAAGAAGUCUAUGCUUAUAACGUUGCAGCGUGCGGGUAAUGGAAAUCAGUUGGUUUAAAAGUCGCAGAGAAUCGGGAAUGUCGAAUACAACUGUGGACUCAGGGUAUGGUGGAUCAGUGGGAAGUAACAAUGGAAAUAUUUCCGGGAGUGAAGGGUCAGCAGGUGUGGUACAAAUGAGUGGUGUCAUGAUGAAAAAACCGUUUGGACACCAAUCAACUAAAUGGUCAAGGAGAUUCUUCAUCCUAAAAGAAGGAUAUUUAUUAUAUUAUGCGGAAUCAGAGAAGAAAAUUUUCGAUACGAAGAAAAUAUUCAAUAUACAUCCAAAGGGAGUGAUACCUCUUGGAAACUGUACGAUUGAAAAUGUAACGUUACCUGGAAUGCCACAUUGUAUCAAUAUCUCACAUCCUGAACUAAAGUUGCAAGUACGUGUCGCUGCUGACGACGAAGAAACGAGGAAGAUGUGGCUUCGUGCAAUGGAUAGAGCAACAAAAGUGACUGUAGAAAACUCGGGAUUAUCAGAAACAAUGAUUAAAUCAUUACAAGAACAGAGUUUGCAAUUAGCAAGAGAAAGACAGGAAUAUGUUGACAAAUUUAUAAACGAAGCAGAGGAACUAGGAGCAGAAAGAGAACUUCGUGAGGCAUUGGAAGAAUUCAACCAAGAAUUAGAAGAAGAAAACGCAAGAAUUGAAGGAAUGGUCGAAGAAUUACAAGAUGCUCACAAUCAAGUUAAGAAUGAACUGUUGAAAGCGAUUGAAUCAAGCAAAGCUCUCGAAAAAGAAAGAGAAAUAAUGAGAUCAACAACGGAAGAUUUACAGAAAAGUUUGGAGGCCCUGUCUAGUGAGAGAGCAGCCAUCAUACAAAAAUUACAGGAUCACGAGGCAAAGGCAGAAAUGCCAGCUGAGCGAAAUGCUGAACUUGCGCGACAACUAGCUGCCAUUGAACAAAAAGCCAUAAGUCUGGAGAAAGAUAAAGAAGCUAUUCGUCUCAAACUUGAAGAAAACCAAAGAAUGUCGACGGACAUACUGAAGGAAAGAGAAGCAAUAUCGCUAGAAGCCGAAGAAUUAAAAUCUGAAAUGCAGAAUCUCUCAGUUGAAAAGAAAAUUGCAGAAAAAGAAUUGAAGGAAGAGAUCGUCGCUCGAAUGGAGCUUCAGCGCGAACUAGAAGAAUGCAAAGCCGCUUUGAAACGUUUGGAAGAAAAAGCUUUGAGUAACGCUCAGCUUGCAGGGAAGCCGACUCAAAAUGGCGUAGAAAAUCACGGUACCGAUACCAACCCAGCUUCAAACAAGUCAACGAUUGAACAGCAGAAAGAAGCGGCGGAAAGUAACGAACAAAUACUUCGUGAUGUAAAGAGUUUGAGAGCAUUCUUUGAAAAUUGUGCUCGCGAAAAUACAAUUGAGGACAUGCCCGUACCUGCAGCCAGGCGUUCAACGACAUCUGGCACUGUGAAAGAUAAUCCUACCGAAUCAAGUGAAACGGAAAAACAAACGCCGGUACCGGAGAAAUCAGCUGCUGCAAAAGCGUAUGCGAGAGCUUCAAUAAUGCGGCGACGAGUACAAUCAACACGGUGCAAAUCUAUGGUUCUAGGGGAGGAAUUUACUCUCGCACCACUCUCCAGGGAACAAAGUACCAGAAGAAGUGCUUUGUUGGCGGCGAGGCAUAAACGAUCUUUAUCUUUGUCUGGGAAAAAGAAAUCCGAGGCAGCAAGAAUGAACGUUGCAUAAGGAUACAUUUUGAUUCAUAUAUAAAUAAUUUUUGUUUUUGAACGUUCGAAAAUUUGAGAGGGGUUCUUACCGUAACAAAAAGUAGUGGGGUACCCAAACAAUUAAACAUUACGUUGGUAAAGUUGCGAUGUUCUUGUGCGUUGUGGGUAAUUUUUGAUUCUAAAACUCUAAUAACGACUCACUUUUAGAGCAUUAUAUAAGUUACUUGAAACAACAAUCUUUCGAAUCGUAUGUUUUCUAAAUCGAAUAAGCCUAUACCAUCAAGUUCAAAGACAUUCAUGGUUUUUGAAAUAUAUUCCAUUGCGUCUCUCGUUAAUUUCUGAUGAUUCUCUAGAAAUACUUUCUACAUUCCAAAUUAUUCAUAUCGUGGUUUUUGAUAUUGAUUUGUGAAGAACAAAUGACUAAAUUGGUUAAUUAAUUAAUUCUGAGAUUCGUCAAAUCGUUCAGCAUCUAAUUUGAAAUUAUCUUACAAUAUUUGAUUUAGGAAAUUUCAAACAAGCUCAAAAUAAGAGUUUAAUCGUUUGAAAUGACAUAUUGUUCCCUGUCAGUAUUGACAACUUACAUUCACCCAUUCUGGUCUUUGAGUAUUGAAUAGUUUCAAAAUUUGAAGUUUGAAUAUCGUUUUACGAAUCGAAGAAUUGCCAUUAUAAAUUAGGCUUAUUUCAAUUUAUGAGCCGAAUCAAAACUUUUAACCCCAAUGAACUUGCCUUUUCAGAGUGGCAGCAUGAUCCAACCAAGCGCGACAAAUCUUAUUCUUGAAUCAAAUGUUUUUAAACUAAACUCUCACUGUUUUAAUUAUUCUACUAAUUAUUUGUUUGUAUUUUAUUUUGAUUUUUAAAAUCCUUUGUAAAAUUUUCCUGAAUUUUUUCUCAUUUCCAUUUCAUUGAUCUCGAUAAUUUUUAAUAAA